CGGCGCCAUGCAGAAGGGGAUGCGGCUGAGCGACGGGCACGCCGUCUACCUGGCGCUGCUGGCCAAGAAGGAGGGCGCCCGGCGCGGCUACCUGAGCAAGCGGAGCUCGGACAACACCAAAUGGCACCCGAAGUGGUUCGCCCUGCUGCACAACCUGCUCUUCUACUUCGAGAGCGACUCCAGCUCGCGGCCCGCCGGCCUCUACCUGCUCGAGGGCUGCCUCUGCGACCGGGCCCCCUCGCCCAAGCCCAAGGACCCCCUCGACAAGCAGCACUACUUCACUGUUAACUUCAACCACGAGAACCAGAAAUCCCUGGAGCUGAGGACAGAGGACUCCAAGGACUGCGACGAGUGGGUGGCCGCCAUCAGCCACGCCAGUUAUAGGACUCUUGCCACAGAGCAUGAAGCGUUAACGCAGAAGUACCUCCAUUUACUUCAGAUUGUGGAAACGGAGAAAACAGUUGCCAAGCAACUCCGGCAACAAAUCGAAGAUGGGGAAAUAGAGACGGAGCGCCUGAAAUCAGAGAUUGCUGCUUUGCUGAAAGAGAACGAGCGCAUCCAGUCCAACCAGACGAAUGUCCCCAGCGACGAUGACAGCGACAUCAAGAAGAUCAAGAAGGUGCAGAGCUUCCUGCGGGGCUGGCUGUGCCGGAGGAAGUGGAAGAGCAUCAUCCAGGACUACAUCCGCUCCCCGCACGCAGACAGCAUGCGCAAGAGGAACCAGGUGGUCUUCAGCAUGCUGGAGGCCGAGGCUGAGUAUGUGCAGCAGCUCCACAUCCUAGUCAACAACUUCCUGCGCCCCCUCCGGAUGGCGGCCAGCUCCAAGAAGCCCCCCAUCACCCACGACGACGUCAGCAGCAUCUUUCUCAACAGUGAAACCAUCAUGUUCCUGCACCAGAUCUUUUACCAGGGCUUGAAAGCGCGGAUCUCGAGCUGGCCCACCUUGGUGCUGGCCGACCUCUUUGACAUCCUGCUGCCGAUGCUCAACAUCUACCAGGAGUUCGUCCGGAACCACCAGUACAGCCUACAGAUUCUCGCCCACUGCAAGCAGAACCGGGAUUUCGACAAGCUGCUGAAGCACUACGAGGCCAAGCCGGACUGCGAGGAAAGGACGCUGGAGACCUUCUUGACAUACCCCAUGUUCCAGAUUCCCAGGUACAUCUUGACGCUGCACGAGCUCUUGGCCCACACGCCCCAUGAGCAUGUGGAGAGGAACAGCCUGGAUUACGCCAAGUCCAAGCUGGAAGAACUCUCCAGGAUCAUGCACGACGAAGUCAGCGAGACGGAAAACAUACGGAAGAACUUGGCGAUUGAGCGGAUGAUCAUUGAAGGGUGCGAAAUCCUCUUGGACACCAGCCAGACGUUUGUAAGACAAGGCUCCCUCAUCCAAGUGCCCAUGUCCGAGAAGGGGAAGAUCCCGCGGGGACGCCUGGGCUCCCUCUCCCUGCGGAAGGAGGGCGAGCGGCAGUGCUUCCUCUUCUCCAAACACCUGAUCAUCUGCACCAGAGGCUCCGGGGGGAAGCUGCACUUGACAAAGAAUGGUGGUGUGAUCUCCCUAAUAGACUGCACUCUGGUGGAAGACACGGAGAGCGCGGAGGAGGAGACCAAAGGGUCUGGGCAAGACAUAGACCACCUGGAUUUCAAGAUUGUGGUGGAACCCAAGGAUGCCCCAUCGUACACCGUCAUCCUGGUGGCCUCGUCCAGGCAAGAAAAGGCUGCGUGGACCAGUGACAUCAGCCAGUGCGUGGACAACAUUCGGUGCAACGGCCUCAUGAUGAACGCCUUUGAGGAAAAUUCAAAAGUCACCGUCCCCCAGAUGAUCAAGUCGGACACCAGCUUGUACUGCGACGACGUCGACAUCCGAUUCAGCAAAACCAUGAACUCCUGCAAAGUCCUCCAGAUCCGCUAUGCCAGUGUGGAGCGGCUCCUGGAGAGGUUGACAGACCUGCGGUUCCUCAGCAUCGACUUCCUGAACACCUUCCUGCACUCUUACCGGGUCUUCACCAGCGCCAUGACCGUCCUGGACAAGCUCAUCACCAUCUACAAGAAGCCCAUCAGCGCCAUCCCUGCCAGGUCCCUGGAGCUCUUGUUUGCCAGUAGUCAGAACAGCAAACUCCUCUACGGGGAGCCUCCCAAGUCUCCGCGUGCCAACCGCAAGUUCUCCUCUCCGCCGCCCCUCUCCAUCACUAAGUCAUCUUCGCCCAGCCGGAGGAGGAAACUCUCCCUCAACAUCCCCAUCAUCACCGGGGGGAAGGCCCUAGACCUGGCCGCCCUCAGCUGCUCCUCCAACGGCUAUGCAAGCCUGUACUCCUCCAUCUCUCCCUUCAGCAAGACCACCCUGGACAUCCACAAGCUCUACGUGUCCAGCAACUACCCCGCCAAGAUGCCCGACGAGGGGGAAGGCCCCGCCGAGAAGCCUGAGGACCCUCUGUCCGGCAAGGCCGGUGCAGAAGCGUCUGUCCGAGAGGAAUCCGACACAGAUCAGAACCAGAGCGAUGAAGCUGAAGUGGAGACUUCGCCGACCAAAUCGCCGACCACUCCUAAACUGGUCAGAGGCAAAAACAACUCAGAAUUCCCUUUGUUCUCGUAUAACAACGGAGUGGUUAUGACCUCUUGCCGGGAGCUGGACAACAGCCGCAGUGCCCUCUCGGCUACUUCUGCUUUUGCCAUUGCAACCGCUGGUGCCAACGAGGGCACCCCCACCAAAGAGAAGUACAGGCGGAUGUCUCUGGCGAGUGCAGGCUUCCCUCCUGAUCAGAGGAAUGGCGACAAAGAGUUUGUGAUCCGACGGGCCGCCACCAACCGGGUCUUGAACGUCCUCCGACACUGGGUCUCCAAGCAUUCCCAGGACUUUGAAACGAACGAGGAGCUGAAAUGCAAAGUGAUUGGCUUUCUGGAGGAAGUGAUCCAUGACCCGGAGCUGCUGACGCAGGAGAGGAAAGCCGCCGCCAACAUCAUCAGGACUUUGACCCAGGAGGACCCGGGAGACAAUCAGAUCACGCUGGAAGAGAUCCUGCAGAUGGCAGAGGGAGUCCAAGCAGAGCCUUUCGAGAAUCACUCAGCUUUGGAAAUAGCUGAACAGCUCACCUUGCUUGACCAUCUGGUCUUCAAGAAGAUCCCCUAUGAAGAGUUUUUUGGGCAAGGGUGGAUGAAGGUGGAAAAGAAUGAGCGGACCCCCUACAUCAUGAAGAACACCAAGCACUUCAAUGACAUCAGCAACCUGAUUGCCUCCGAAAUCCUCCGCAACGAAGACAUCACAGCCCGGGUGAGCACCCUGGAGAAAUGGGUGGCUGUGGCUGACAUCUGCCGCUGCCUCCACAACUACAACGCCGUCCUGGAGAUCACCUCUGCUUUCAACCGCAGCGCCAUCUUCCGCUUGAAGAAGACCUGGUUGAAGGUGUCCAAGCAGACAAAAGCUUUGAUUGACAAGCUGCAGCGACUGGUGUCUUCAGAGGGUCGGUUUAAGAAUCUGAGGGAAGCCCUGAAAAAUUGUGAUCCGCCCUGCGUCCCUUAUCUUGGCAUGUAUCUCACGGACUUGGCGUUUAUUGAGGAAGGCACGCCGAAUUACACUGAAGACGGCCUGGUGAACUUCUCCAAAAUGCGGAUGAUUUCCCACAUCAUUCGAGAGAUCAGACAGUUUCAACAAACUGCCUACAAGAUCGAGCAUCAGCCCAAGGUCACCCAGUACCUCCUGGACCAGUCCUUUGUGAUGGACGAGGAGGCGCUUUAUGAGGCCUCUCUCCAGAUCGAGCCCAAACUGCCCACCUGAGCCUGGUGCCGCUUCGCCCCCCCCCCACCUUCGGUCUCCGUUGUACAUAGCCACACUCUUGCGUUCCUUUUAAACACCCCUGGACUGACUUCCUACUAUGUGCUUCUUCAAGUUGGAAAGGAAAAAGCAAAAGAAGAGAAGCCCUCGGGGCCCUGCUCCCUUUUUGUUCUUGGAACUCGACUAGCAGCCCUUGCGUUGUCCUGAGGAGUCCGGUGUAGGCUGCUUUGUUGAUUGCCGUCCUGGUUUAUAUUAAGCAAUGUUCUCUUUGUCAUUGAUUCUUUGUGGGCGGGGGGAGUGGGAGGGAUUAAGGGGGGUGGCAGAGGAAAACCCCACUUGUGCACAUGGCACAUCACGCGUCCUGCUCCUCUCCUGACGGAGGAAUUGUGGCUUUUCUUGGGCUUUGCGAUCUGGACAUUUUGUUAAAAGUACAACAAACACACCUAUUCCGAAUCGAGAAAUUCUGAACUGCUGCUGUGUGAGCCCAACACCGCCCAUUUUAAAAAAGACAGCAACACUGCAAAUUUGGGAGGGAAGAGCCAUGCUGGUCACUUUGUCCCUCCACAGGAAGCCCAGGAAGGCUGGAGGGGACCUUCACCAAGGGGAGGGGUAGCCUGUGGUGGGCUUGAAGGAGGCCCUUGGGGUCUCUGGUGGGCUGGUGUCUCUCCCUUGAGGUGAGGCCAGGAGGGAGAUUGUGGGGAGAAACCAGACGCCUGACCUGUGACAGGGAUCUGGCAAUUGGCCUGCCAUCAGUGCAUGUGGCCACUGGGGCCCCUUCCUCAGGCACUGCAACGCCUUGAGCUGACCCUGAGGGGAGACGACCUCCCUCUUCGGAUAUUUCCACUGCAUCAUGUCCCUGGGCGGCUUCUGUCAACAUGCUCUGUCUGUAACCUCGUGACACUUCUUAGUAAUAUAAUGUAGAAUUAGGGGAGGGAGGGGGUUAAAAUGUUUUUAUUACAUAUACUGUAAUCCUGGCUAACUCCUCGUUAGCAGGAAUAUAGUAAUGUAGUGCUUAUUCUGUGAAUAUUAUCAUGUAUUUUUUACACUGUACAGUAAACCUAGGCCCAGGAGAACUCUGAUGAGGAAGGCAGGUGCCACAAAGGCUACUCAGACCAGAAACCUUUUGCUGUAAGCAAUACCCAGUGGUAUGAGAAUUCUCUUUCAAGACCUACAAUAUUUCCACUUACAGCUUGUUUGCGAAAAGAAAAAUUUCCAUUUUUGUAAAAAUAUAUGUUUCCUGAUUACCUCUUGCUAAUAAAUCUAUUUUAUCUCAGGGUGAACAA